GAGGCAGCCUGGAGCCCGGGCUGGGGUGCAGCCGCCUGGCAGCCAGGGAGAGGUCGGCCCGGAGGGUGGCGGCGGGUCUGGGGUCGACCCUACCCUAGCGGGGGUGUAGGGGAGGAGUAAAGGGUCGCUGAGCGAGCAGCGUUUGCAGGCCUGGGAGGGGUGCCGGGGCGAGGGUGCUGAGAACUUGGGGUGCGACGAGGGAGACCGGAGAGCCGUGCGUGGGGGGUGGAGGACGAGGAGUUGGUCCCUGCCUAAGUAUAGACGGGGCAGGGGUGCGUUUGGGCAGGGCUGAGGGCUGGAGGAGAGCGAGGCAGAGGGGGGCCUACUGGAAGGAGGCAGUCUUCGUCCGUGAGAGGCUGGGGCAGUUUCUUUCAGAAAGUGCCGAUGAGGCUGCUCCUUGGGUAUAUUAACUGUCUUCUCCUUGAUGCGCUGGACUCGGGCAGAGCCAGGCCAGGCUCAGCUUUCCUGAGCUAAGGAAAUGACCUUUGGCUCUAAAAAGAAGACUCCAUUUUUCAUGAUAAAAUGGCAGUGGCAAAAACCCCCAGCAGAGAACUAAAGAAUGCUGAAGAACCCUUUAAUAAUCUGUCACCCUACCUUUUGAGGAGCUUAGUGGAGGAGCCCAAGAAAAGAACAGAAGUACCUAAUCACCUCCUAGAAUCAAAGGUUUAUGCAAAACUUCUGAAUAAUAAAGUCAUACAGGCAAGACCUGGAAUAUUACACUUUGGAGGCUAUCAAGUUGAAAAACAGCACCAACAGAUUCUGCAUCUGGCCAACAUUUCCAAUGAAGACACACAUGUUCAUAUUCUACCUCCACAAACCAAGUACUUUCAGGUUGAUUAUGUGAAGAAGGAUCACCGCCUUGUCCCUGGCUUGUCCCUCACGGUCACUGUCACAUUUUCUCCAGAUGAGUGGCGAUACUAUUACGACUGCAUCCGCAUUCACUGCAAGGGAGAUGACACUUUACUUGUCCCCAUCCAUGCCUAUCCUGUCAUGAACACACUGGAUUUUCCCUCAUUUAUAAAUCUAUCAAAUGUUCUUCUUGGAGAAAGCAAAACGUACAUCAUUCCUUUGCAGUGCAGCUGCCCAGUAGAUUUCGAGUUCCACAUCACUUUGAUUCAGUUCCAUCAAGCCUUUGCUGUUGAGCCAACAUCAGGAAUAAUUCCAGCUAAUGGGAAGACCAAUGUGACUAUUAAGUUUACACCCUUUCGGUAUGGAACUGCGCAAAUUAAAAUGCGGUUACUGAUUUCCCAGUUCAACUCUCAACCCUACGAAUGUGUCUUCACCGGAACGUGCUAUCCCAACAUGGCCUUACCAUUGAAAGAAUUUGAGAGAUUAAAUAAUCUUUCUAAGAAAAUCAAUGUGCCCCCAGAAAAAACAAUGACACAUAUCAAUUUUCACCGACUACCAGCAAAGACAAAGCCUCCAAAAAUUAAGGAAAUUGAAUACCAGAACUUAAAAUUCCCAGUGGAUUUAUCGAAUCCAUUUGCUGUGGCAACGGUUUUAAACCAAGAACCAGGAAAGUUGAAGAUUAAAGAAUUGAAAGAAGUUUUAGACCAAGGCAAUGAAAUUUACAAAACCAGACAGAUGAAGGAGGCGCUCUUCGAACAGAAAGUCAGACAGAACUCUCAUGAAGAGAUGGAGAAUCACCUUAAGUGGCAGGUGCACCUUGGUAAAGAUCACAUGUCUUUUAAAUUUAAAAAAGAGCUUACUGAGGACCGGCAAAGAGCAUGCACCAAAUAUGAGCAAGAUAGAGGAGAUCCUAUUUUGGAAAAGGAAUUUCAGCGACUCAAGACAGAAGUUAACCAAAAACGGGUCGUUCACAAUCUAGAAGAGAAAAUCAAGGAAUUUCAACCCAAUUUUGAUCCACUCAUUAACAACACUUGGGUCAACAGGUUCAGAGCACAAAGACAGUUUCGACAAAUAGCACGCAAGGUCAUGGUUCAGCGACGACUACUCAGUUUGCUGGCUAGUGUUCGUAAAAUGGACAAGGAGAGCAUAAGGAAGUCCAGUCAAGGAAAACCAUCAUUAGUUCCAGGCAAGUACCCUUCCAAACACCUCCUGCCUCAAAUCAGCCAGGAUGAUUAUUUCGACUGGUUCUCUGUGUUGCCCCAGGAAGUGCUACCAUUUGCUUUCCCGUCCUACAGUCCCUCUCAGGGAUCCAAUGAGUUGGCUCCUGAUGGCCUUGGACUGGUCCCAAUUAAGUCUUCAGAAGUUCAAAUCAAGCAGGGUUAUUCCUUCUUCAAUCUGCAGGUUCCCCAAUUGUACAAAAUUAAGAGAUAUCAGCCAUUCUCCGUCCACAAAUCUUCAACUAGUUACAGACCUCAAAAGCUUGCCCGAGCCCUGAAGCAGGGAGCUGAGGACGAAGUCACCACCAUCAUAGCCCUUCCAGAACAGGAGUCCACACCUCAGCUCUCUGACAAACCUUCCAUCUUAAGCAUGAAACCACCCGAGGCCUUAGCCUUGACUCCAGAUUAUGAUCGCCUUUACAUUUUUAAUCCCAACCCAGGAUUAUUUCCUGUAAUGCGCCCUCUGACCUACGCAGAAACGCUGAUAGAUUACCAUCUGUGCUCUCACCCCAAGUACAAGUUCACCAAAGAAACUCACGAUGGGUCCAGCAUUCCUCUCACCCAAAAGCAGUUUCUCCAUCACACGGACAUCAUCCCUGGAAUAAUGCACUGGAAGAAGUUCCAGUCGCUGGCUCUCUCCUCGCUGCCCAACACCGCUAAGUUGGAGGCCACACAGAGUUGUGAUUUCUUCAAUUCAGUCAUGCUCCCUAUAGACGUCCCUGCCAUUGUUGACGCCUUACCAGAAGAGGACAGACUAGAAAUAGCUGAACGUGAGCUCUGUGAACAGAAUGUAGAAGUUACAUUGACUCCAGAAAUGAUCCAAGCAGAAUUCCCCAUACUGGACCACAAGGACACCAAGAAGGAAAAAGAAGCGAAAGACCAAGCACAGCCAGCAGAGAAGGUGAGAGAAAAGGUAGUCGAGGAGACGCGGAACCUGCGGUCCAAAGCACUCAACGCCUCCCUGAUCCUAGAGUGAGACCCCAGUAGGUCAGUGCCUUCUUUUGCUGUCUGCAGGUCACUCUGGUCCUUUGUGUCCCUUUACAUUCCAGCCAUUUUUGAAUUAAAGUUCCUCGAGAAAGAA